AUGGCUGCCGCAACGUUCGUCCCUGCCACGGCCGUCAGGCGGUGUCGAUCUUCGAUCUCCAUGGCACUGCUAGGCCUUAUGGCUCUUUGCGCUUUCUUCGCGCAGGACGCCGCUUCCCAGGACUUCGUCAAUGGUGCGCCAGCACUGAGGGGAGCUGGCAGGGCACCUGCCGUCAGCAUGGACUCGAAGGUAGACGAUAUCGUUGAGGAGCUCAAAGGCUUGACGCUGCUCGAGGCUUCGGAACUGGUCAAGGCCAUUGAAGAGACUUUCGGAGUGGACGCCUCGGCAUCCGCCGGUGCUGUGGUGAUGGCUGCACCCGGCGCCGGCGCUGGGGGUGGUGAGGCUGAAGCUGCAGAGGAGAAGACGGAGUUCGAUGUCGUGCUGAAGGAAGUGCCUAAGGAGAAGAAGAUCGCCAUUAUCAAGGCUCUCCGCGCCAUCACCGGUCUCGGAUUGAAGGACGCCAAGGGCCUUGCCGACAGCCCCGGAAAAUUCAUCGAGGGAAAGCCCAAGGAGUUCUGCGAGGACGCUGUGAAGCAGCUGGAAGAGGCCGGUGCGAAGGCGGUGAUGGAGUGA